CGUUUCUCGGGGAAGGAACUGCCUGCUGGCCCCGCUCGGGCUCCCCGCUGCAGUCGUGGCAGUGUCGUGGAGGCUGGAACCCCCCCGAAAGCCAAGGUGAGCGCUGGCACUGAUCCGACACAGCAUCACCCCUUUCCCCGCGGAAAGGUGCGUCGGGCCGGUAACCAAAGAGCGGGCACACACUCCAAAAAAAACCAAAGGCCGCCCUUCAUCUAGAAGCGUACAAAAUAUCCUGAUAGUGGGACUCGCAUUUGGGAUCUGUUAGUUCUCUUGCUCAUGCCACUGCCCCCUGGUUGCCUCAAUGGCAGGAUCAUGAAGUGUUUGACUUUUUUUCUUCUGCUUCCAGAGACCUUAAAGAAGUCCAAAAAGAGUGUGAGGUCAAACGGCAAGGUGCCAGGAUGCUAUGAGAUAGUGCCCCUGUCCCUGAAGAAGAAGAUGGCUGCAGAACUUUACCCUGCCAGCACCAACACUAACAUUGCAAACAGCAACGCCGCCGCCGCCGCCACCGCUGCCAACAGCAAGAAGAACGCCCUGCAGCUCCAGCAGAGCGCACAGCCGCCCCCGCCGCCCCAGCUCCAAAACCUCAACAACAACAACUUGGAGAGCGCCAACUGGCAAUCCUUCCAUCCCACGCUGCGGGAGAGGAACGCGCUGAUGUUCAAUAACGAACUCAUGGCUGACGUUCACUUCAUCGUGGGCCCGCCAGGGGCAUCCAAGAAAGUUCCUGCCCAUAAGUAUGUUUUGGCAGUUGGUAGCUCAGUCUUCUAUGCUAUGUUUUAUGGCGAUCUCGCAGAGGUCAAAUCUGAAAUCCAUAUACCAGAUGUGGAACCUGCAGCCUUUCUAAUCCUAUUAAAAUACAUGUACAGUGAUGAAAUAGACCUGGAAGCUGACACAGUUCUGGCUACACUCUAUGCUGCCAAGAAGUACAUCGUGCCGGCCCUAGCAAAGGCUUGCGUCAAUUUUUUGGAGACCAGCUUAGAAGCUAAGAACGCUUGUGUCCUGCUGUCUCAGAGCAGGCUCUUYGAGGAGCCAGAGCUGACGCAGCGCUGCUGGGAAGUGAUUGAUGCUCAGGCAGAAAUGGCACUGAARUCAGAGGGCUUCUGUGAGAUAGAUCAACAAACACUAGAGAUCAUUGUAACCCGGGAAGCACUCAACACCAAGGAAGUGGUAGUUUUCGAGGCUGUUCUGAACUGGGCAGAGGCUGAAUGCAAAAGACAAGGGCUGCCGGUUACGCCACGCAACAAGAGGAAUGUAUUAGGGAAAGCUUUGUACUUGGUGCGGAUUCCAACCAUGACUUUGGAAGAGUUCGCCAACGGAGCUGCCCAGUCCGACAUCCUCACCCUUGAGGAGACUCACAACAUAUUCCUAUGGUACACAGCCGCAAAUAAACCCAAAUUAGAGUUCCCGCUGACAAAAAGAAAAGGACUCGUGCCUCAGCGCUGCCAUCGGUUCCAGUCAUCUGCGUAUCGCAGCAAUCAGUGGAGGUACCGGGGGCGAUGUGACAGUAUUCAGUUUGCCGUAGACAAACGGAUAUUUAUAGCGGGACUGGGGYUGUAUGGCUCGAGCUGUGGCAAAGCUGAAUACAGCGUCAAAAUCGAACUGAAGCGCUUAGGCGUUGUCCUUGCUCAAAAUCUGACAAAGUUUACCUCCGACGGCUCCAGUAACACCUUCUCGGUGUGGUUUGAACACCCCGUGCAGGUUGAGCAAGACACGUUUUACAAUGUAAGUGCUAUUCUUGAUGGUAACGAACUGAGUUACUUUGGACAAGAGGGAAUGACUGAAGUGCAGUGCGGGAAAGUGACGUUCCAGUUCCAGUGCUCCUCGGACAGUACUAAUGGAACCGGAGUACAAGGAGGACAAAUACCUGAGCUCAUUUUCUAUGCAUGAUGCAUUUCACCUUGAUUGUAUUCCAGUACUGCAAUGAUGCACAUUAAGGGAUUUUUCGGUUUUGCUACGAACUCUGCAGCAGUAUGGAAUGUUACGCUACUUACCUAUCUGCUACAUCAGGCUAUACAAAUAAGUGAAGGAAUGCUCUUGAAUUUAAUCUUAUUUUAUUUAUUCAUAAGCUAUUUGACCUAAUUAUUAAGACUGCAACAUGCAGGAAAAUGUUAAAUUUUGCACGUACUGUGCAUUUAUUUUGUAUAUAGAUAACUAACUUGCAGACUGCAGCUGACUCAAACAGAAUGUUCUAAACUAGAGCAGUUUACGAAAUCUGUGAAAUAUAAAACAUUUUUACUUGCCCUAAAUCCUGUGUACUUGAUCUUUGCUGACCUUACGGCUCGUGUAUGUUAAUUCAUGUAUAGCUAACAGGGGUGAUGGCACUGCAGUCUGGUCCCUGUGUGCCUCCACACAGAAAAAAUAGGAAGGUUCCCUCACUGGUAACUGAAACUAUCCAUCAGCACCCUUUAUUUUCCCUUCAUGAGAAAGGGAGCUGGCAYUCGUGGAAGCUCAGGGUUUUUUUGUGUGUUGCCCAAGCUGAAGACAGACAAACCAUCAAUGUAAUCAAAGUUGAUCAAAAUCAUCCUGUGGUUAUAUUUGAGAGCUCUUAAUGCCCCUUCACAUGCAUCAUCUGUGUUAACCUCCAGCCUGCCUACCAAACAGCAACACUGCCUCUUGCACCUGUCAAACUGCACCCCCUGUGAAUGGCCAGAGUCAAGCCACACAGAUGAAUUUAAUUAAUUCAGUGACAGGCUGCAUCACAAAUUUAGCCCAGGGCUGUAACACUGGCAGACACUAUCUGAAUUUACAUCCCAUCCUUAUACAGAGCAGCAGGCAUGAGAGAAAUAUUUGCAAGAUGGUGUUUAGGUUSACUUAAGAUUACUAAUUAGAAAUAAGCCACCUUAAAAAGGAAAAAGCUGUUGGAUCUUUCCUCCUGCUCUAUCUUUUUUGGAAAACAUGGUCUCAGGCACUAUCAGCAGUCAUUUUAUAYCAGUACUUUUCUCAGAAAGUGAUAGAAGUACAUGUUUUUUCUCAAAUGUCUGAUGUUCUUUACAGCUGAGCCAAUUAGAAAUAUUUACUGGUUUUUAUAAAUCUUACACUGACCUUGAAAGAGAGCAUUCAAGCAGCAGUCUAAACCAGUAUUUUUCCAUGUAAAAAAAGUACCUCUACGUCUACAAAACCUCUAAAUGUACAAAACAUGUUUGCCUUUYCCCAAGCUGCAUUAAUUUUCACCUUGAAACUAAGCUGCAAUGCUAAUCCUGCCUGUUUUCUUUCUCUAAAAAGAACCCAAGAAAGUAAUGAAAAAUAAGA